UCAUACCAUAUGUUUACUGUGAACUAUUUUUAUUUCUUAGGAGCUGAAGCAUCGUUAAAAGGCCAAGGCCCACCUACUACAAAAUGUGGAGUGCAACACACUGAAUUAAAUACCAGUAAUCUUAUUCAUGUACUUGAUAUACUAAAGAAGCACAGAUAUUCUGGUGUUGAUUAUUAUUACCUUGGUCUUCGUUUGGGACUGCUCCCUGGUACACUUGAUGUUAUUGAGGAAGAAAGCAAAGGAAAUGUUCGUAAAGGCCUAAGAAAAUGUUUGACAGCAUGGUUGGAACAAGCUGACGAUGUAAAGAGUGUUGGUGGUCCAACUUAUGAUACAUUAAUACAAGCAUUGAGGGAUGAGGAAGCGAUUGCUGUAGCUGAUGGGAUUGAGAAAGGCAUCAAUAGUAAGGAAUGA